UCUUGAAAUGAAAUAAAUAUCACGUGUAUUUUAUUAUAAUUUGUUUUUGACAAAUGGCAGCUGUGGGGACAUGGUCUUUCUCUCGCCCUGCUGUAGAGAGAACGAUGUCUAUGCUUCUGGCUGGACAAAAUGCAACAGAUGUUGUGGAAACAGCAAUGUCAGAGGUUUAAGAUGAUGUAGACACAGGACGACACAUUGUUGGCAGAGGAGGAUAUCCAAAUUUCAAGGGAGUGGUUGAAUGUGAUGCUGCAAUUAUGGAAGGGCUACCGGGAAGAUUUGGGGCAGUGGCUGCAUUGCGAGGUAUAGCACAGCCAUGUCGUGUAGCUCGCAAAGUGAUGGACAGGAGUCCUCACAGCUUGCUUGUUGGAGAGGGAGCAGAAUCCUUUGCUCAGGAACUGGGCUUUAUACCUGAGCCCAAUGAAAAAAUGCUCUCUGAACAUACAGAUACUGCCUAUCAGGAAUUUCUUGAAAAGAAUAAAAGUGUUGUCAGUGGACAUGAUACGUUAGGCCUUAUAGCUCUUGAUCUAAGUGGUAACAUAACAGUGGGAGUUUCCACAUCAGGAGCACCCUUCAAAUCACCAGGGCGUGUGGGAGAUUCUCCGCUUCCAGGCUGUGGUCUAUAUGCUGACCAUACAGUAGGUGCAGCUGCAGCCACUGGUGAUGGAGACAAAAUCAUGUGCUACUGCCCAAGCUUUCAUGUUGUGCAACUGAUGAGACAAGGGUCAUCUCCCAAUGAAGCCUGUCAAGCUGUCCUUGCUGACAUACAGAGGAGAAUCAGUGGAGAUACAUGCUUUGAAAUUGGGCUAAUUGCUUUGAAUAUAAAGGGAGAGGUUGGAGCUGCGUCCUCAGUGGAAUUUCCAUACACAUUCUGGAAGCAAGGGAUGGGUUCAGUGGAGAAGCUAGUCCUAAACCAGGCUUCCUCUGAAAAAUCUAAAAAAAAAUGUUUUACUCAUUAAGCAUGUGGAUGUUGUAAAUCAUCAAUCACUUUUUUGUUAAAUAGACUCAAAACAAGUUCACCUUUCAAUGUUUUUGUAGAUUUGGAUUUUUAAUCAUUCUACAUAAUAAAGCUAGCUGUCAGUUUGAA